AAGACCGCAUGCUAUGGUUGUUCGGAGAUUCUUCGAAAUCACGAUCUUAAAGUCAUAUGAUUCACAGCAAAUAUAGCAACAAAUAUCUCAAUUCGCAUUUUCCAAAGCCACGAAACGUGCAUUGAGUUUGGAGCGAUAUCUGAAGUGAAGAUUGAAGACGUGAUAGAAGAUGGACGACUACUGCUAUGCUAAGAUGGCGACGUCCGCUAAAAGAGAACAUGAAAGAGAAUCAGCGCCACCAACUUCCAGCAAAUCACCAACGGAGAUAAAGACGAAAGAUGAAGACGUCCAGCAGCUGAUCGGUAAUCCAGAAGAAGUUUCCCCUCAGUUAGGGGGGAGCUCCACGUUGAAGCAGGAGACUCCACAACCACCCUGCAUUAAAAAGGAAGAGGAGGAACUCUGCAUCACUCAGGAGGGAGAGUGUCUUCUAGGACGAGAGGAAGCUGAUUACACCAAGUUUCCACUGAGUAUUCUCUCUGUGAAGACUGAAGAUGAUGAAGAGAAACCACAAGUAGACAACCUCUUAGCUCCACUAUCAGAUAGUGAGGCUGAAGACGAGGUUGAAGAACCUUUGAGCAGCGAUACAGACUGUGAAGGUGAUAUGAGGACUCACACUGACAACAAACACUCUGAAUGCUCUACAAAGAAGAGAGGUAAAACAUGUUUGAGCUGCUCAGUUUGUGGUCAAAGUUUUACUACAAAGACCAAUUUGACUCGACACAUGAGAACACACACCGGUGAAAAACCUUUUAAUUGUUCAGUGUGUGGCAAAAGCUUUUCUCAAAAUAGCAUUUUGACUCGACACACGAGAACACACACAGGUGAAAAACCCUUUAAUUGUUCAGUUUGUGGCAAAAGCUUUUCUCAAAAUGGCUCUUUGACUCAACACAUGAGAACACACACAGGUGAAAAAACCUUUAAUUGUUCAGUUUGUGGCAAAAGCUUUUCUCGAAGUGGCUCUUUGACUCGACACAUGACAACACACACAGGUGAAAAACCAUUUAAUUGUUCAGUUUGUGGCAAAAGCGUUUCUUCCAAGAGCAGGUUGACUAAACACAUGACAACACACACUGGUGAAAAACCCUUUAAGUGUUCAGUUUGUGGCAAAAGCUUUUCUAUUAAGAGCAUUUUGACUCAACACAUGAGAACACACACAGGUGAAAAACCCUUUAAGUGUUCAGUUUGUGGCAAAAGCGUUUCUUUUAAGAGCAGUUUGACUAAACACAUGAGAACACACACUUGUGAAAAACCCUUUAAUUGUUCAGUUUGUGGCAACAGCUUUUGUCAUAACAGCUCUUUGUGGCGACACAUGAGAACACACGCUGGAGGAAAACCAUUUAGUUGUUCUGUGUGCUGUAAAAGGUUCCCACAUAAAGCAGAUGCAGUAAAACACAUAAGAACACACAAGGGAAAAUAACCUAUUAGCUGUUUAGUUUGUGGUAUGUUGCUCAUAUGUGGUGACAUCCACCCUACCCAGGACCUCCUCACUGCUUCUUUCACAAAUAUCUGAGGUAUUCAUACAAACUUGGAUUAUUUGGAGCAUAAUCUUAUCCACUCAUGACCCCAUGUCUUCUCUGUAUCUGAAACAUUGCUGAACAGUAAGAUAGAUGAUGCUUCAAGUGCUUGGUUACUCCUUCUUCAGUCCUGGGGCCUCAUGUGUCAAGUUUGUGCACGCUCAAAAACCUGCACUACACCCUUUUUCACUGCAAAGUUGAGAUGUAU